GAAAGAAGAACUUAUAUUAUUUUUACCUUUCGGGGUUUGGGCGCGCUCAACUUGUUCCUGCCCCGCUCAAUACUCAUGCACAGUCUGUCGGCGCCAACACGAAGAGAGGCCGUCCUACUCAUCCUCGUAUUCGUUUCACUCUUAUGGUUCUCAAGAUCAGGCUAUGAUACGACCAGAGUCAGAUUCUGGAAUGACGAUAGGUCAGACGUGUCCAUUCCACGUCCUUCAGCACCUCUUGUGCCUCGGAGGGCCCGAAUAACGUGGUCAAACGGGCGUGUACCAAAUACUCGUGUAGUAUCUCAUGUUCCUGGAUGGACUAUUUUUGAUAACCUCUUUGUUUUGAACGGCACCGUUUUUGUCGUCACGGAUUUCCCAUCGAGUAUUCCUGAUCGUCUUACCAUCACUUCCACCGCCGUGGAAAUCAGCAAUGGCGAAGAGGCUGUAAAUACACGAACACCAGGGAACCGCGAGAUGCAAGUCGUUUCCACUGAUGAAGCUCAAAAAUUAUUCGGCUCCAGUGCUGAGUCGAUUGAUGGCGUAACAUGGCUCAUCAAUGAUCCUCCUCAAUUCAUCACCCACUAUUAUCACUGGUCGGCUGAACUCUUUUUCGGGUUCUGGCGGACGUAUUCGUCAUUGGACACUUCCAUAGACGAGAUGGGGAAAUCUACGCUUCCCGCUCUCCGCCGAAUAUUCUUUCCGCAUGCUGAUGCGGAUCAUUGGAGGGACUAUGCUCUGAUGAACCAAUGGGUCCUACGCAGCGCCUUCCCCUCUUUGACGGCAGAAUACAUAUAUGACUGGGAAGACCGAGCAGCCAUGGGCCGUCCAAUGAUGUUGGACCGCGUAAUCUUUACUGACCGAGCUGCCGCCAUGCAUGGCCAUCAUUUCUUGAGCACCGGGCGAACGGCAUCAGAGCCGUCCGCUUUACCUGGCAGUGCGCAUUGGUGGAGUACCAUUCGUGCGAACGUCAUCCGCGUUUGCGGGUUGGACUCGAAUGUAGUGGGUGAUAUGGCACAGACGCCUGUCAUCACGUACGUAUCACGUCAAGAGUGGGGCCGACGUAUGCUCAUACAGGAGGACCAUGAACGUCUUGUGGAGGAACUGUAUAAGCUUCGUGACCUGUAUGGGUACGAGGUGAACGUUGUUAGCAUGGAUAAGCUUUCCCGAGCCGAGCAGUUCACUCUCGCAGCACGAACCACAAUCAUGAUGGGUGUCCACGGCAACGGACUCACGUCGCUGGUUUGGAUGAGGCCGUCGCCUCGAGCUACGGUAAUGGAAUUUUUCUUCCCUGGAGGUUUUGCACAAGACUAUGAGUACACCACUCGUGCGCUUGGCAUGGUGCAUUACGGGUUCUGGGAUAACGAGUACUUUACGAGUCCUGGAACCCCGGAGAUGGCGUAUCCUGAAGGGUUCCAGGGAACGAACAUUCCUAUAGAUGGAGCUGUUGUGGCAAGAUUGUGUCAUGAGAGGCUUCUGCUCCAGUGAAUUUUUUCUCGCUGGAAUGGUCUUUUGAUGAAUUGGUGAUAGAAAAUAGAGCAAGUUGGAUUUGCUCGGACGUGGAUCAUGUUAGGCUGCUUUGUUAUACGACUGGGACUUUUGUAAAGAGUACUAGUACUUGGCGUAUUAAUAUUGUAAGGAGUCUUACUCCUUUAUGCCCCGAUUAACACUUGACACUUUCAAAUCUUCAAGUUUCGCUUACUUGUAUGUUACAAGCCCAGCCUUGACCACAUUGACGUUGUGUGACUGUCACUCGCCGGGUGACAAAGUCGGUCUGUCACACCUCCACUAUCUGAGACU